AUGCCAUGGUACUGGUGGGGCAGCUCCAACUCUGCCUCCUCCACCCCAGAAGAAGCACUCAACCCAGAGCUCAAGGAAUUCCUCAAGGAACAAUCACCUCGCCCCUAUCAAGCCGCAGAGCCUCCCAAACCGAAAGCACCUGUCGCUAAGGCACAACCCGAGAAGCACCUCCCCGACACCAACAAAAUCCACCCCGACCGCCCAGUCCCCGCCGAGUCCCUCUUCCCAGACGGCCGCUACGCCCACCUCUGGAAGACCUACACUCCCAGCGCCGAAAUCAAUGCUCAAACCCUCACCCCAGUCGACCGCAUAACCCAAGGCCGCAAAGACCGCACCACCUCCCUGCACCGCGCCGCACUAGAGAAUUGCGCCUUCGAAGACGAAGUCCGCACGCAAUGCCUCGCCGGGGUCAACAUGGCCAGUCGCUUCAAGGGCACGCUGACGAUGUGCGGCGAGGAGAGUCGAGCGUAUACGCGCUGCUACCAGUUGCAGGCCAAGUUCCUGCAGGCGUUGGGGUAUAUGUCGAGUCCGAUGGGCGGGAUGAGGGAUGCGGAGCAUGAAGAGAGGAUACAGAUGCAUGCGGACAAGUUGUAUCAUCGCAUGAUGGACUACGAGGCUGCGGUCGCACACGCGAAAGCGCAUUGUUUGCCGAUUCCGCCUUUGACGAGUGUCUUUGAUGCCUCGAGGCCGGCGCCGACGGCUGACCAGAUUGAGGUUCCGGAGAAUCUGCGCGCAAAGAUGAGCGGUACACCAUUACACGAGCUUCCACCACAGGAGCGUGAGCUAGCGGCUAGAGCGGCGCUGACGGAGGCAAAGAUUAAGCAUCAGGCGGCAGGGGAAGUGUUUGAGGGUCUGAAAGAGAUGAACGAGGCGCGUAUGCGGCGGCAGGCGAUGAUCGCCAGGUUUGUUGGAGAGCCAAUUGCCAAGUUCGUCGUCCCGGAUGCCGACGAGGCGGCUGAUAGGGGAAAGACUUGA